UCCAAAAUGUAAACCUCCUGAGAUAUAAUACAAAAUUUGUUGCGUACUGCCAAGUUCUUUUUAAUAUGAUGUUGAUUUUCUUUCAUCCUCUUCGAACUGUAUAAGUGAGUGAAACAGAUUGUGUGGCUGGUUUUCACUCAGUUAAACUGGGAUGUGAGUGCCCAUUGUCACACCCCCCCCCCCCUCUCUCUCCUCCACCACCUCCACCCCCAUCACACACCCUCCAUCUGCUCACUGCCUCCUUUCUGUCUGCAGUGAUCACAAAACAAGCCGUUGUCUCCAAACACAUCGUCUCUAUGUCUUUUGAUAGAUAGUUGAUAGCAGACUUGUUGGCUGAUUGGGCUGGCUAACCUUGCUGUAUAUAAAGGGAGACACUCAUGAAAAGGGCACCAAGGACUCACAACCACUGUGAAAAGCUCAGCCAUUCCUCCUGUGUGCUUCUGGGACUUUGUCAACUUUCCAUUAUGGCUGCUUUCUUGACUGUGCUUCUUGCAGUUGUAGCAUCUCCUUUACUGGCUUUCGACAUGGGCCAGUCCACCCGCUGCGUUACUAUCCCCAACCAGAUGAAAGUCUGCAAAGAUGUUGGAUAUUCAGAGAUGAGGCUGCCAAACUUUUUAGGCCACAGCAACCUUGAAGGUGAGGUGGUGCCACGCUCUGAGGACUGGCGGCCUCUGUUGCAGACCGGCUGCCACCCUCAAGCCCAAUCCUUCCUCUGUUCCAUCAUUGCCCCUGUCUGUCUUGACACCUUCAUCCAGCCUUGCCAUAGUCUGUGUGUGGCUGUGAGGGACAGCUGUGCCCCAGUGCUUGCCUGCCAGGGACAUCUGUGGCCUGAGGCUCUCAACUGUGAUCGCUUCUCUGCUGAGGAAGACAUGUGUCUAACCCCCCUUGCAAAAUUUAGCCACCUUAUUAAAGACUUACCAAAACCUGCUUGCCAGAACUGUCCCUCUGUGGAAGUGGCUCCUGCAAUGAAAACAGUUCUGAGUGCUUUUUGUUACCAUGACUUUGCUGUCACAGCUAAACUUCACCGUCUUCGCCACCCCACAGGAGAGCCAGAUUUCCAGGUCGAGGGCUGUGUGGAGUUUAUCCGUCAGGGCCCUCUGUUGCCUUAUGACACUAAGCAUCUCCUCCAGGAGUGGCUCCUCAUCAACCUCAGAUGUGCCAUCGCCCUGGUGCGUCCAGGCCGCUCGCAGCUCUACGUGCUGACCGGCUCUGUGCAGCCUGACGGCGACAUCAUUCUGGUCCAUGUAUUCCCCUGGCACAAAAAAGAUGCAGGAAUUGCACUGGCCACUCGCAAAUGGAAACAUCAUAGAUGUUGAAGUACAUUGAAGAUCAGGAGAUCUAUUUGAAGGCAUUGAAUUACCUCAGCACAGAUGGAGAAAAUCUUAAGACUUUUAUUAUGCACUACUGUUGGAUCCAAGUCAAACUAUAUUACUCUCUUUAUUGAGUCACAUUUCAGAUGCCAGUAUGCUGUAAUAUCAUGCACUCAGACCUGUAAAUAGUAUUAAAAAAAUGUAAAUUCACAUAUUUAAUUUUCUUUAAGGAUAUUGAUGUAUUUAUAACAUCUUUUUGU